CCUUCUCUAAAGUGACAUUCAAAUUGAUUAAUUAGUUUUUCUUUUGUUCGAUAUUUUGUUUCAAAAUUACGAAUGUAGAAACAUAUUUAACAAUUACACUAGACAGCGGUAAACAUUUUUUUUCCCCAGUAUAAACUUUUCGCUUGACGAUAUGGCUACUGACACUUCAAAUCCACCUCCUCUAUCUGUUAGAAUUGAUCCCCUUAAAUAUUUAGGAAACCUUCCAGAAUUCAGUGGAGACUAUAGAGAUCUCCAAACUUUUAUCAAUUUAAUAGACAGAGUCCACCCUAUCCUUAGAGCUUACGAUGAACCAUCUCAAUAUCUGUUCUCUGACAUCAUAAAAGGCAGACUAAGAGGGAAAGCUAGGGAAAUUGUUGAGAUAAAUUGCCAGGCCGAAUCCUGGAACGAUGUAAAACAGAUCCUUAUAAAUAAUUUCGGCGACAGACACAGCUUAGAGGAAUUGUUCGACAAACUGAAGAGCGUGACGUUCAGAUCAAAUAGUGUUGAAUUUUAUAAUGAAAUUAAAACUGGCCUUAGGAGUUUAAAUAACAAGACGAUUACCCUACUAGGAUCGGGCCCAGCAACUAGUGAAUGUGCUAGGAAUAACAUGAAAACGGCGUUGGGGAUAUUCAGGGAAAAAUUGCCCGAACCCAUGAAGACUAUAAUAACAUGUAGAAAUCCAGACUCUCUGGAAACUGCUAUGGAUAUACUGUUUCAGUCCGGAUAUGCUUAUACUACACAGGCAAAUGGUAUCUUCAAUUCUAACACGAGACAACCGAACAGAUCAAACAAUUCAUACCAAACCCAAUAUAAAGGUCAGGAAAAUAAAACAGACAAGCGUCAACCCCAGAAUAAUAACAGACAGCAACAAAUUAAUUCGUAUCAAAAUAAUAGAUAUAAUCAAGGAAAUAAUAGCUACAAACCGGUACAAAAUCAGGGCAAUCAAUAUAAUAAAAGCUUUCAGGGUAAUAGUUUUCAACAAAGGGAUAACAAUUACCAACCAAACAAAUACAAUGGAAACCCUCCUAAACAGCAUAAUAAUCAAUAUUAUCCUCAACAAAAUAUUCGAAACCCUAACUACUACCAAAGAAACAACCUACCACCUGCAGAACCAAUGGAUAUAAAUAUGGUGCAGAACAAUGAUCAAAUCAACGUUAAUAACCAAUAUACUUAUGGCAACAAUUGGGAGGAGCAGAUCACAAAACAAGAACAGAUAGAAUACCAAGGACCCCCUUCUAAUUACCAACCAGCAGAUAACCCGGCUCGAAAUAAUAUCGAAUCAUCCCAAAAUUUUCUUACAGUAGCCUCCGGGGAAAAUUACCCCAUAUAAUCGUGAAAGAUUAUUUAAAGUUCAUUAUAGAUACCGGAGCAACUCAUUCAAUAGUGAAUCCCGGUUUAUGCGACCCAAAAUGGAAAAUAAAGACAGGACCCUUGACCUUGAAAACACUGCAAAAUCGCGUCGAAAC